AUGCAAAUGCACACACUUACAUACAUAGAAUCUCUCAGAGAGCACCGGGAGAUACACGACCCGGAAGAGGACACAAACUGUACGCCCGGAGGAGAGAACGGGAAUUACAUAAUGUUCGCGAGGGCUACGUCUGGGGACAAGAGGAACAACAACAAGUUCAGCCCCUGUAGUCUUAAGAGUAUUAACGCCGUACUCAAUACCAAAGCCAAGAGCGUGAAGGGAUGCUUUCAAGUAAUGGAUGAACACUUAGAUAAACCGCAAGACUCCAUCUGUGGCAACGAAGUGGUCGAGACGGGCGAGGAGUGUGACUGCGGUUGGGAAGAGGACUGCAAAGAGCCCUGUUGUUACCCCAUGAGAACCAACCCACCCCACGAUGAGGUUCCCUGCAGUCGUUGUAGCUUCGCCCGAAUGUCAUCUGUAGAUUUUGACCAGGAUGGCCGAUCGGACAAUAUAUCAUUCCUAAUAAAGCGCAUCAAAGUGCAUACGGGCGACGCGUUAAAGGACCCGGAGUACAGGUACCCGAGUAACUACGGGGUGGAGAAAUUUCUGGAGCUCUUCUCGGAGGAGGACUACGACGCCUUCUGCUUGGCCUAUAUGUUCACAUACCGGGACUUCGAGGGCGGCACUCUGGGCCUCGCCUGGACGGGUGACCUCAAGAAUGCCGGCGGCGUCUGCGAGAAGAAUGGCAAGCACUUCAAUACAUAA